GAACUUUGGCCGUUGCUGCUGCUGCUGCUGCGUCGAAGAACGACUGUUUCUCUCGCUCUCUCUCGCUCUCAGUCGUUCAAUGUUGUUAGUGGUGGUGGUGGUGGUGAAAUCUGCAGUCGCCUUCACCUGGUGGUUACCCGGGCCAAUCACUGCGCCCCAGAGCCAGAAAAGUACUUUGAGUACUAG